AAUAAACACUGUAAGUAUGUUCCCGCCUCCCCCUCCUCCUCCUCCCCCUCCUCUUGGUUUAUUUCCACCAAAAAAUAUAAAUAAUUCAGAAGAAUGGAAUUUCAGAAAAAAAUUUAAUAUUAAACAUGACUCGAAUAGUAGUAGUAAACAUAAUCCAAUAGCUGUUAAUAAUUUUAAUAUUCAUUCAGUCCCCACCUCUGUCCCUAAUAUAAAUAAUAACAUAAAAAAAAAUACGCCUACGAAUACAAGCGAUAAUAUACAUACAACAGGUAAUUAUAUUACUAAACGUCAUAAUAAAUAUUAUAAACACAACCUAAAUGAAAAUAAUCAAAUUGAAAAUGAAAAAAAUGAAAAAAAUGAAAAAAAUAAAAACGAAAAACAUAAAAACGAAAAAAAUAAAAAUGAAAAAAAUAAAAAUGAAAAAAAUAAAAAUGAAAAAAAUAAAAACGACAACAAACACAUAGAAAUCAACGACAAUGACAACAGCAACAACAACCACAACCACAACCAAAUACAUAGCCAUUUUAAUAAACAUAUACAUAAACAACAAAAUUAUAUUUUUAAAACAACCCCUAUACAACCAGCUCUUCCUCCUCCUAUGAGUGGUAAACCUAAUUAUCUUAGACCUUCUACUCCCACACCCACUACUACUACUAAUAAUACAACCACAACUACUACUAUUUCGAAUAAAAUUAAUCAUAAUACCCCUUUUAGUUAUAGUCCUAAUAUAAACAAUAAUUCGAACAUUAAUUUAAGUUGUAUGUCUAAUUUUAAUACAAAUAUAAAUACGAAUUUUCAACCAAACAUAUAUUACAACAAUAAUUCAAAAAAAAAUUAUAAUUUAAUUAAUUCAUAUGAAUAUGGUAAUUAUCCAACCAUGCCCCCAACACUAAGACCAGCCCCACAACAUCAUCAACAACAUCAAAGUACUCAAACACCAAUUAAUAUUAAUCUUAAAAAAAAAUAUAUUUUUUUAUCACAUAACGAAUUAUUAUCACAACCUCAACAUAACAACAAUCCUAACAAUAAUCUUAACAACAAUCCUAACAAUAAUCUUAACAACAAUCCUAACAUUAAUUAUAUGUACACGGAUAUGCCACUUCAUCAAGACCUUAAUAAUAAAAAAUUAACAUUCUCUCCAAACAUACAACAUAAUUAUGUAAGUACAAUAGGACCUACACCAUAUUCAAAUCAAUAUUUCAUUAAUCCAUUGCUUGAUUCAGUUUCAACUAAACCAUCGCACAACCAUCUACAACCUAACGAAUUCAAUGAUGACAAACACAUUUUCCAAACUUAUAAAAAUAGUAUGGAGGAUAAUGGAAUGUAUAGACAGUUUCCACCAAGAAAUUUUGUUAACGAGCCUAAUAUGAAUAUGUGGAAUAAAAACACUAAUGUACCCAUGCCAAACAGCAUGUAUGAUAACAAUCCUGCUAAUACAACGUAUCCUAUGAUCUAUGAUCAAUACAUGGAUAAAAUGAAGUAUAAAGAUAAAACAAUGAUAAUGAACAAUCCACCAGUUGAUAAAAAACAACAUAAUAUAAUUGUGACCAAUAUACCUAAGAAUUUAUCUUCUAGAGAAAUUAUGGAAACAUUUAGGUGUAUGGGAAAUGUGUUGCGAGCGGAUAUUAUGCUGACAAGCAAGGGUGAACAUUCCGGUUGUGCUUAUGUGACCUUCCCCGAUUUUGAAUCAGCCUCUAUCGCAGCUAAUCGAUAUGAUGGUGGUACAUUUAACAAUCAUAAAAUAAAGGUUUUUGUGGAAUAAGACAUAAUAAUAAAAAUAAAAUAUAAUAAAAUAAGCAGACGAAUAAACAACCAAG